GUCCAGUGCAGUGCGUGUGUUUCGAUGUCCUUAUGCAUGUGAUGUCUGUCUGUAUUCGGACGCAUUUGUCCAUCGGGAUCGCUGUGUUUACACACAGCUGUCCUGUCUGGAACACUCACCUCAUAGACACCACUGACCUCUAAGUAUACACACAAGCGUCUCACUGUACCACACCCCAUCUAUCUCUAUCACACAUAGACAAAGAUGCUCACACUCGUCUUCUCUCUCUGGCUCUGGGCGGCCUGACUUUGGGCAGCCGUGGCAUGUGCAGCAGGCCCGUCACGGUGAGGCCCUGUGCGUGGAACGUCUGCAGGCACGUGUCCACCUUCAUCACUCGCCGGAACUUGACGUCCACGUGUGUUAUGCCCAGCCGCUUGCACUUGCGCGCUAUGUUCUGUGCGAUGCGCUCCGUGCACGCCGGCGACUGGUGGGCGGCCCCCCGGUACCCCACGUUGCCGGCGUGAGACGUGAAGAUAAUGCGGUAGUUGCGCGACUUGUUCAGCACCUGCCGACACACACACACUUGACACACACUGGCUGGGGGAUGGAGGGAGUCCCUCCCUCAGCCAGGCAGUACACGUACGUACGUUGAUCCAGCAGUUGUUUUUGGAUGAGGUGAUGACGACUUGGAAUUUGUCGGUUGGCUCGCAAAUGUGGCCGUUCUUGUUGCGCUCGACGUUGUGGAACUCUGGACGGUCUCCUGACACACCCACACACACCGACAAGAGGGCAAAUACACACACACGAACACACACACACACUCCACUGCCGCUGCCUGAUGCCUGACGAUGUCCAUGCAUGAGUGGCUGAACUGACCUAUGAGUCUGUACUUGCGCGGGUUGCCUUGCAGCUUUCGCAAGUCGGCCUUUGUAAGCUGCACCUUCUUGCGCGUCUUCUGCACUGACUCGCCAAUGUCGUUCAGCGCCUCCUCUGCACAGCACACACAUCACACACAUCACAUGCGAUGACAACAUCAAUCACAGCCACAGAGGUCUUGACCGAUGUCCCUGACGCACCGACCCACCCCACCUGCAGCAUCCGACAAUCGUGUGGUGCCGGGCCCGAAAGCUUCACUGGUGCUGGUGCUGGCCGAUGAUGCAUCAGCAGCAGCAGUAGCAGCCUCGGAGAAGGGGCGCCGCUGUCGCAGGAGGGCUGCACUCAUCAUCCAUGAUCUCGUUCUUGCCAGAUGGCCGUCAAGGCAGUGACAUGCAGCCACUCUGGGCCAAGGAAAGCCUCUCAAACACGCCAUUCUGCC